AGUGAAUUACCUAUCCCCUAUCCCCUAAUAAAAAAUCUCAAUAUUUUGCGCGCUCCGUGAUACAUCGUUUUCAAUUAAAAUUUGUUUAUUUAUAGAUUAUUUAGAAAUAUAUCUUUGUUGAAUUUAAGUUUAUCGUGUAUAUAUGUUGCAAUAUGAAUCCUUUAACUAAUGUCAAAAAUAUAAAGAAGCUCACUGAGCAAGAGUUACAAAGUAACAACAAAACAUCUUGGCAUGAUCAAUAUAAAGAUAGCGCUUGGAUUUUCAUUGGUGGUUUACCAUACGAUUUAACAGAAGGUGAUGUUAUUGCUAUCUUUUCUCAAUAUGGAGAAGUAGUUAAUAUAAACUUAAUCAGAGACAAAGAUACUGGAAAACAAAAGGGAUAUGGCUUUUUGUGUUACGAAGAUCAAAGGAGUACUAUAUUGGCAGUUGACAAUUUUAAUGGUAUAAAGAUUUUAGGCAGAGUAAUACGAGUGGAUCAUGUUACUAAUUACAAAGCACCAAAAGACUCCAAAAGUAUAGAUGAAGAAACAAACAAAUUACGGAAAGAGGGUUGUGCUCCAAAAAAAGUUUGAGAUAUACAAGCUAUGAAAAUAUAAAAAUUAAUAUAUCGAAAUAUUGUUUCUUAAAAGCAUAUUAUUAUGCAUACAUUUAUAUAUUUAUACACUUUUAAUCACACACAAAUUUAAUCACAUACAAAUACAUAUAUGCACACAGACACACAAUAAAAAUAUAUUAAAUAAAAGCCUCAUUACUUACAA